AUGUUGGCUUUCCGACUGCUGGUUUUCGUUGGCGCAUCGUGUCUGUUAGGGCCUGUGGCAGGUCAAUCCCUAGCAGACGCUCCACAAUGCGGUAUGAUCUGUUUUGCUCAAGCAUUACAGCAACCUGAAUAUGCCGCCAAGACACAGGCACAGCUUUGUGUCGAUGAGGGCUUCAACAAUGUGGUUGGCGGGUGUGCCAAGCAAGCAUGCACUGUAAUAGAAUCCUUGAAUUUCCUUAACAUUACAAGAACAGUAUGCGGCAUGCCCAUGGCAGACCACCGCAAUGAGGCGCGGGCGACCAGUCUUGCUUUGUUUGUAUUAGCGACUGUCUUCUUCGUGCUACGAAUCGUCGUCAAGACCCUUAGAAUCGCUCCAUGGGGGACUGAUGAUACCUUACUUGUUAUUGCCUAUGCCUUUUUGAUCCCGUUUGUGGUUCUCGUCCAAUACAUGAUCCCGCAGGGACUGGGACUGGAUAUAUGGGCCUUGAACGAAUCCCAAAUCACACAUUUUCUUAGGGUAAGCACCACACUUCCCCUCUCUUUGAGUAGUUGUGGGGGAUUUGAUUCUGACCUCGGACAGUACCUCUUGAUCGUCCAGACCGACUAUAUCUUCGUCCUCGCGAUCGUCAAGGCCUCUAUCCUCUUUUUCUUCCUCAAGAUAUUCCCAGAUCACACCUUUAGGAUCACGGUCUGGCUGACACUAGCCUACAACCUCAUCGUUGGUUUCAUCUUCAUUAUCCUUAGUUUCGUCCAAAGAAAUCCAACAUGGCUCAUUUGGGAGGGUUGGCGUGAUAAAGAACCUCGCGGUGUCGUCCUUGAUCUCAACAAGAUGGGUUUGACGCACGGUGGAAUGAACAUCGCUCUAGACGUCGCGAUGCUUCUGCUUCCCUUGACACAAUUGUACAGUUUGAAACUGGAAUUCAGGAAAAAGAUUGGCAUUAUGGCAAUGUUCGGUGUUGGUAUUUUCCUCACGGCAGUGAGCAUUAUACGAGUCCGCAGCUUAGUGUACUUCGCGACAUCCUCAAAUGCCACCGCUGACGCGCGCGGAACAAUCAUCUGGUCGUGUAUUGAAAUCUGCACUGGUAUCGUGGUGGCAUGUAUGCCCAACGUGUGGGCUCUCAUGCGACAGGGUUCGCGCCAGAUCAGGGGCGUUACAGCUAAUAUGUCGAGGAGAGCCGGCAGUGGCAGUGGAGGCUCGGCUUCCCAGCGGAUAUUUGACGACCGUUCCCUCGAAAUGAGGGUAGCCGUCAACUCCCCCGGCGCUACAACAGCUCUCGCCGACAAGAGUUGCGGCAGCUCUACGACAGCCUGCACAAGUCGUGGACAUUCAAGUUUUGCGAGUGAUGCGGGCACACCUGUAUGA